AUGAGGCCUACAACGAAGGCAACUUGCGUUUGGACUGAGGGCCUCCGCUACGAUCAAGGAGGCCCAAAGCGAAUAGAACCUAUCUUCUCGGAAUACACCGCUGGGAAAGAAAACGAACAUUAUCAUUUAAAUUGUGGAUUUAUCAAUCCCAGCCUUUUAGACCUCAGGAGAUAUCCUGUUCCUUCUUCAUUCGAAUCAAGGAUUACUGUUGAUGCUCGGGAAGCAGACAGUCAAGUUGAUGAGAAUGAAUGCCCUUCCGCUGAAGAUGACAACCAUGGAAAUUUCGAUCCUCUGCCUUACACUACUUACGCCCCUUACACCACUUUGCUAGAUCUACCUGCGCUAGACGCAGACUCUCCGCAAGCUCCCCGAUAUGUCGAAGAACCAGGCGAAGACCAGGUUCAAUACGGUCUUUACCAAGCUCAAUCAGUCUCCAAUCCUUACGUGGAGCAAUUCCAACAACAUCAUCAUCAUCAUCAUCAUCAUCAUCAUCAUCAUCAUCAUCAUCCUACCGUUCAGAUUUCACCUGAACAGCCACAACCGCAGCCACUUGCUCAGCACCACACUUGCCCAGAAUGUCAAAAACAAUUCAGACUACCAUUGUUCAUCUAAAAUCACAUACUCUCCCUUUCAAGUGUUGCAUAUCCUCAUGCAAAUCACUCGGAUUUCGGUAUCAGAAAGAUCUGAAACGCCACAUUGCAGGUAUACAUCCCAAGCUCAACCCGAAUGCGGAAAGAUAUUUUUGUGAUGUGGACAGCUGCAAACGCUCAAGAGCCGAAGGAAAGGGGUUCACGAGGAAGGAUAAUUGUGAAAGGCACAAGAAGAAUUGUAAAUAUCGGAUCCGACAAAUGUGACAGGUAAAUUUGCUGUGUAAUUAGUCAAUGGGAGUACUUGAGGUUGUGGUAGAAACAGAAAUGUGAUUUGUUGAUGACAACCGCCAAUACAUUGCCGCUUAAUCAUUGUGAUUGUAGAAUCAUGAUGGAAUUCCUAGAGCCUCCAAACUGAAUUGUUCCAAGCCGCUCAAACAAGAUCA